AUGUUUAGUUCGUUCCUGGACCGUGUCGGAAAGUACCAGUUCCAUCCCGCUCAGCCCAUGUGGGGAUAUCUCCCGCAGGUCAAUCAAUGGGGGAGCACGGCGCUUGAGUGGGAAGUAGAGAGGAUUGGAGGGAAGGAUCACAUCCCUAUCUUUAAAGCCAUCCCCGUCUAUGAAGGAGAACGCCUGGAGGUGUUUGCUGGUGUGGGCGACUCCAAGAAGGCCGCGAAGGAGAAGGCUGCCGAACAGAUGGCCCUCAGCGGGCACUGUGUGCGUCGCUCUAUUUGGGUUGUGCUGUAA